UAUAAAUAGAUGUAGCACGGAAACCUCAAACUUCAAGCAAAUACCACUGCUUCUGCUUGGUUAGCGUUAAAAUUCCUACGGUGUGAUCACAAUCUAAUUUGGAUUUUGAUCAACUGAGAUGGAGAAGAUACAAUCAUUGACAUCACACAAUGGAGUUGUGAUUUUCACAAAGAGCACAUGUUGUUUGUGUUAUGCUGUCACUGUUCUGUUCCAAGAACUUAGGGUCAACCCUAUAGUUUAUGAAAUAGAUCAAGAUCCUGAAGGAAGGGAGAUGGAGAAAGCUCUUCUUAAAAAAGGGUGUAGCUCACCUGUGCCAGCUGUAUUCAUAGGUGGCAAGCUUGUGGGCUCCACCAAUGAGGUCAUGUCCCUCCACCUAAGUGGCUCCCUCAUUCCGCUGCUGAAACCCUAUCAGUUACUUUCUUAAAUCAAUUCUAGUUAACACUGGUUAUAGUGUUUGUGGGGACAAUUUAUCUGAAGAAAUAAGGUUGGCUCAAGACAUAAGAGCUGUAGUAAUGAUCUAUUAUCAAAAUGGAUUAUGUAUUAUAUUUAUAGUAUUUACAUAGCAUUUUAUUAGCUUCAGCCUUCAGACUCUAGUGGUGGUAAGGAAGAUUGGCAUUCAAGACUAUUAUGAUUAUUAUUAGUUUUUGAUUACGAAUGUAGUUUCAUGAAUCUGUUCACAUGUGUUUGAUGAAAACACAUAGUAUGUUUUAUAUGAAUGGGAUUAUAAAUUUAUUAA